AUGGAUUCAUUGGAGCAAAGUCAUAUUGCAUUGAGAGGAGAUGUUGACUCGAUGAAAAACCAGGUAGACCAACUUGUAGAGGCUAUGAUAGCUUUAGCAAAGAGGGAGGACAACAUUCAACAGAUUGCAGUUAUUGAGAAUGUAGUUCCGCCUCCAGUAAAUGAUCUUACCCAACCUCGGCCUGUGCAAACCCCAGUUGAUAACUCUGUUGUACAAGAACGUCAUAUUGUUCGAAAUAAGGGUUCCUCAUAUCAUGAUGAUGUUGAGUAUCAUAGCUUUGCAUUCUCUAUGCCAGAUUCCCAUGGGACAAGCCUUGCGGUUAAUACUGAACAACCACAAGAUGAUGAGAUUGUUAAAAGAUGUUGCGUGCUAGAGAAAAGACUCAAGGACAUAGAAGGACAAGAUACUGUUGAACAGAGUGCCUUAGACAUGUGUUUGGUACCUGGCCUAGUUAUACCUGCAAAAUUCAAAGACAGCUUGACUGGGGCAUCAUUGAAUUGGUAUAUGAAGUUAGAAAGGAAUCAUGUUCAGUCCUGGAUGGACCUAGCUAACGCCUUUUUGAAUCAAUACAAAUACAAUUUGGACAUGGCUCCCAAUCGCAUGCAGUUGAGAGCCUUAUCUCAGGAAAGCAACGAAUCCUUCAGAGGGUAUGCCCAAAGAUGGAAAGAGUUAGCAGCUUGUGUUGAACCACCACUCUUAGACAAAGAAGUGAUGGAAUUAUUCAGGGAUACCUUGCAAAGUCCUUACUUCGAAAGGAUGAUUAGCAGUGCAGCAUCAGACUUCGCUCACUUGGUGUCAAUUGGAGAACGCAUUGAGAAUGGCCUCAAAAGUGGAAAAAUCCAAUGCGCCUCAAAUAGCCAGAGCAUGGAGAGUGAAUCUAUUCCUAGUUCCCAAAAGGAAGAAGAAGCUGAAAUUAAUGCAGUCUAG